UACGUCCACUUCUUAUAUACAGUCAUAUACUCUGUUAAAGAAUCAGUUCAACAUUUAGGAAAGUUGACUUAUUUGCUUUCCUGCAGAGAGUUUGAUCAGAAGAUCAGCACCACUCAUGAAUAUGAAGCCACAGCUUCUUCUUUACUCCACAGACAUGAGAUAUCGACCUUUUUCAUCAAACACCGACGUUACCAACAUGUUAACUUCUGACCUGCAUCUGUUGUCCAGAUGUGAAGCAGGUUUGGGUAUCUGCUGACUCUGAUCCUGAACCCUCUCUGUGUCUGAACCAGGAGGCGUGUGCGUUGCUGCUGGAGGAGAGUCUACACUACAUUCAGGCCAAAUUCCUCUGCAGCUCCUCGGACCAAGCCGCCAAGUCCUUCCACACUAACUUCUCCCCCUUUGAGAUCUAUCCUUCCUCCUUCUCCUCCUCCUCUUCCUCGUCUUCCUCCCACGGCGCUCCCUUCGCGGUGCACCGGCUGGGCCUGGUGAUCGACGGCCGGACCUUGGCCUACGCCCUGGACCCGAGUCUGGAGGAUAAGUUCCUGGCGGUGGCACGGAGCUGCCGCUCGGUGCUGUGCUGCCGGUCCACGCCGCUGCAGAAGAGCACGGUGGUCCAACUGGUGCGGACCAAGCUGAAGGUGAUGACCCUCGCCAUCGGCGAUGGGGCCAAUGAUGUCAGCAUGAUCCAGGUGGCAGAUGUGGGCGUCGGCAUCUCUGGACAGGAGGGCAUGCAGGCGGUGAUGGCCAGUGACUUUGCUCUGCCACGGUUCCGGUACCUCCAGAAGCUCCUGCUGGUCCACGGUCACUGGUGCUACUCCAGACUGGCCAACAUGAUCCUGUUCUUCUUCUACAAGAACGCAAUGUUCGUGUUGCUCAUCUUCUGGUACCAGUUCUACUGCGGGUUCUCGGGUUCGGCCAUGAUCGACCAGUGGUACCUCAUCUUCUUCAACCUGAUGUUCUCCGCCUUCCCACAACUCGUCACCGGCACGCUGGACAAAGACGUGUCGGCAGAGACGCUCCAACAGCUACCUCAGCUCUACGUGAACGGACAGAACUCUGAGGAAUAUAAGCCGUACAUGUUCUGGAUGAACAUGAUCGACGCCUUCUACCAAAGUCUGGUCUGCUUCUUCAUCCCUUACUUUGCCUACGCUGACUCUGACGUGGAUCUGUUUACAUGGGGGACUCCCAUCACCACCCUUGCUUUACUCACCAUUCUGGUCCACCUGGGCAUUGAGACCAAAACCUGGGUAAGAACCUGAUGAUAAC